AUGAAUACGAGUCCUCAAGAUAUUGGCUCUAUUCAAAAGUCAGAUUUUGUCGUGCUCAACGGGCGUCCAUUAAAAGUCGUUGAAAUAACACAUUCUAAACCAGGAAAACAUGGUCAUGCAAAGGUUCAUUUGGUUGGCAUUGAUAUAUUUACAGGUCGUCGUUAUGAAGAUGUUCGUCCAGGAGGACAUAUGAUUCAAGUGCCAAUAGUUGGUAAAAAGGAUUAUCUUAUUGUAAAUAUUGAUUCGGAUGGCUACGUUACGUUACUUAAUGAAGGUACAUGCAAUAUACGUAGUGAUAUAAAAUUAAAUAACGAUGCGGACGUAACCCGUCGAUUGCUCGACAAGUACCAUGAAGGCGACGGUCAGAUCAAGGUUACCGUUCUCAAAGCACUUGGCGAAGAGCAAAUUAUGGCAUUCAAAAUGAUAGAUUAG